CUCUCUUUCUCCAUCUAUCUUUCUUACCCAUCUCUUCCUACAAAUUCCAUUUCUUUUGAUUUAUUUAUUAAGAGUGGAAUAACCAAAGAUAAAACAAAUAUAGAGAGAGACUGAUUGAAAGAGAGAGAGAGAGAGAGAGAGAGAGAGAGAGAGAAACAGAGCUGAGUUUUUAUUUUUAUUUAUUUAUUUAGAUAUCAUAUCAUAUCAUUAUAUAAAAGCACAUAUAAAUGAACAACAUCUCUGUUUGCAUUACUCUUAAUCCUCUAUUCAGAUCUUAGUUUCUCUCAUUUCUCAUCUGGGUUCUAUUCAAACAUGGACUCAAGGGUCUGCUUCUGAUUGGUGCUUUAAGGAUCUAAUUAUGAUCCUUGAUUGGAUUUGACAAUUUCCCACUUUUUAUUUCACUGGAUUGCCAAUCAGAUUCUAUCAGUUUCAUCACUUAAGUAGAAGAGAUGGAAUCAGAUCUUGGUAAGCUCUUCAUUGGUGGGAUCUCUUGGGACACAGAUGAAGAACGUCUCAAGGAAUAUUUUAGGAGCUAUGGAGAAGUUCUGGAGGCUGUGAUCAUGAGAGAUCGAGCCACAGGUCGUGCUCGUGGCUUUGGUUUCGUGGUGUUUUCCGAUCCUGCUGUUGCUGAGAGGGUCAUCAUGGAUAAGCACAUGAUUGAUGGACGCACGGUUGAAGCAAAGAAGGCUGUUCCUAGGGAUGAUCAGAGCAUGGUGAAUAGAAACACUGCCAGCAUCCAUGGUUCUCCUGUCCCUGGACGCACAAAAAAGAUUUUUGUUGGAGGUUUAGCUUCAACAGUCACAGAGAAUGACUUCAAGAAGUACUUUGAUCAGUUUGGUACAAUUACUGAUGUGGUUGUAAUGUAUGAUCACAACACUCAGAGGCCAAGAGGUUUUGGCUUCAUUACGUAUGAUUCUGAGGAAGCAGUGGAUAGAGUUUUACACAAAACAUUCCAUGAACUGAAUGGGAAAAUGGUUGAGGUCAAGAGAGCAGUACCAAAGGAGCUGUCUCCAGGGCCCAUCCGCAGCCCUAUGAUAGGAUAUAGUAACUAUGGUCUGAAUAGAGCCACCAACCUCCUCAAUAAUUUUGCUCAGAGAUAUAAUCUGAGCCCAGUUGGAGGUCUUGGAGUAAGGAUGGAUGGGAGGUUUAGUCCUCUUGCUACUGGUCGGACCGGAUUUUCCCCAUUUCGUAUGGAAGAAGGGUUGAACCCAAGUUACGGUGGGACUUCGAGUUUUAACAAUAGUCUAGGUUAUGGACGAAUGUUGAAUCCUUACCCUAGUGGAACUGCAAAUAGGUAUACUACACCCAUCGGGUAUGGUGGGGGUGCUGGAAGAAAUGACUCUGUUUUGAGCUCAACUUCCUGGAAUGUCUGGGGAAAUGGGGGCCUUAGUAAUGCCUCAAAUCCUGCCAGCCCUGGUGCUUACUUGGGUACUGGAAGUGGGAAUUUCGGAGUUUCUUUUGGGAAUAGUGGAGCCAAUUGGGGUCCUGUUUCAGCUUCUGGUGGAGGAACUUCUUCUGGCUAUGCUAGUGGGAACACAGGUUAUGGGAGUGGUGAUGGGAGCUAUGGUCUGGGAGGAGGAGGCCUCGGAAGACACAGUAGCACUGGUGUGGUCCAAACUUCUUCAUUUGCUGGGUCAACUGGUGGCUAUGAGGGUUCAUAUGGGGACCUGUACGGAAGUGGCUCAACUUAUGGUGACCCAACUUGGCGGUCUACCACUUCUGAACCAGAUGUUUCUGGUGCAUUCAGUUAUGGACUCAACAGUAUAACAGCUGAUGUUGCUAAAAGUUCUGAGGAUUUCAUUGGAAGUUACAAUGUUACAAGUCGACAGUCUAAUAGAGGAAUUGCUACGUAGGAGAUUUGUCUUUCGGAUAUUAAAUGGUACAUUGUAGGUAAAGAGAAUGAGGUCAACUGGACGAGGAUUGUGAAUUUCAUACGUCUCCCUCAUGUUACAUUUAAGCUUAUUACGAAGUCGGUCUUACAUCUUUAACGGGGGUUCUUGAUUUGAGGUAUACACAACAUUCAAAGAGAAGGAGUUACAAGGGAAUUUGUGUAAGGUUUGAGAUUUUUUUUUUUCUGAUAUAGCAAAAAAAAAUUUAGGUUUCUUUCUUGGCGUUUGAAUGAGGCGUAAAAUCAGAUUGCGGUAUAUACACUCAGGAUGAUUGGACAAUUAACGUGUUAUGCAUAUCUGGCUAGGCCUGCACAGUAUUGCAUUAAACAGUAGAGCUUUAAGUUUCUGAUUUUUAUUAUUUUUACUGCUGCAGUACCCAGCAAAGUUGCUGGUUCUUGUACGUAUAUGUUUCCUCUUUAUCUGGGAUCAGUUUUUUGCCCAGAUUGUAUGUGAGGUUCUGUUUGAUUUACUAGUGUGAAACUGAAACAUCAAAUAAGGUACUAGAUGUUCUGAUUCA